UGCACCCAGUUGAUGGGCCUCAUCAAUGUACCCAGAAACAAGUCAUCCACAGACAAGUACGUCCUGAAGCUGAUUGAGGGAGUGCUUCAGGUUUUGUUCAAUGACAACUGCGAGCUGAGCAGUUUACUAAGGAAGGCCAAGGAAUUCGUUAUCCUGGGCAUGAUGCCCACACCCACGUCGAGGGGUCUGGUAAAGAUCUUUCACAUUUUGAAGUCCCUGGAGGUCAGCUGGAGUAUCAUUGCCAACGAGGACGAAAAGUUGAUUGAGGGCGGCAAAUUUACCGGACUGAUGGCCAUCAAUAAUCUUCUGGCGCAUUUUGAAAAGUGCUGAAAGCGGAACGAGUCCAACCCGUCUGCAGAAAUACUGCGGCGGAGAAUCCAGCCAUGCAAUGGAAAUGGAUCUGAGGAGAUCGUUGAUGGACGACCUAGACUGCAUGGUGAUGCUCCACAUCACCAAGUACCACAUGCUGGCCCACUUCCUGUUCCCGCCUACAACCGGACGACGAUCUCUUCUCGGACUUCAUCGCCAUGGACAGCCAGGAGGAUAAGAUUGUCAAAGAAAUGCAAGGAUACCAAGCCAUUCAGAUGGCCUAUCACCUAUAGUGAUAGGUUCGACGUGCUCGAAUGAUGGCACUCCAAUCGGGACCAGUUCCCGCUGCUUUACAGGACCAGCUGCCAGAUCCUGCUGAUUCCUGCCAAUAAUGAUCCACGGUGUACGUAAAGAGAAUGAGAAUACAAAAUAC